AUGGCAGAAUCGACAGCAGAAUCUCCAGUCGUUGUAAACGCGACUUUGAACGAAACUCAGGCCAAUGUUACGACUAAGAUUCCGGCCACUCCUGAGGGGAUGGCUGUGGCUUACAGCAGUCUCGUCAUCAUGGCCCUACUCCCCAUCUUUUACGGAUCAUUUCGCUCCGUGAGACACCACAAAGAGCAGAAGGAAUCCGGAGAGCAGCCCGAGACGAUGUCCAGUAAAGAUGCGGCCAUGUUCCCCAUCAUUGCCAGUUGUACGCUUUUUGGGCUUUAUGUCUUCUUCCAGAUAUUCUCCAAGGAGUAUAUCAACUUACUGUUGGCAGUGUAUUUCUUCUUCCUAGGAGUACUAGCUCUAGCUCAUAUUACCAGCCCAAUAGUGAGUCGCAUCAUACCAUCAGCAUUUCCUAACCUAGAAUAUCACUUGAUCUUCACUCAGGGGAAGGGAGAGAAGAAAGAAGAGCUGAUGAAUUACGAGUUUGACAGAAAGGAUCUAGUGUGCCUGGCCAUGUGUUCUGUUGUUGGAGGCUGGUACCUUUAUAAGAAGCACUGGAUUGCUAACAAUCUAUUUGGACUGGCCUUUGCUGUGAAUGGAAUUGAGCUGUUGUCAUUGAACCGUGUCAGCACAGGCUGUAUACUGCUGGGUGGUCUCUUCAUCUACGAUAUAUUUUGGGUGUUCGGGACUAAUGUAAUGGUCACAGUAGCUAAGUCAUUUGAGGCACCUAUCAAAUUGGUCUUCCCUCAAGAUCUGCUGGAGAAGGGACUAGGGGCAGACAACUUUGCCAUGCUAGGUCUGGGAGAUAUAGUGAUUCCUGGAAUCUUCAUUGCUCUACUCCUUAGGUUUGAUGUCAGCUUAAAGAAGAACUCCAAAACAUAUUUCUACGCCAGUUUCCUUGCCUACUUCCUUGGUCUUGUGGCCACAAUCUUUGUCAUGCACUACUUCAAGCAUGCCCAGCCUGCCUUGUUGUACCUCGUGCCAGCAUGCAUAGGUGUGCCGCUGUUUGUAGCACUAGUGAGAGGGGAACUUAAAGAAAUGUUCGGGUACGAGGAUAAUCCGGAGAAACUGGAAGUAGCAGGGGGAGACAACUCAGAUUCCAAAGCGGAUAAGAAGAAGGAUUGACACUGACCAGAACUAUGACUAGAUGAAUUCUUGUUGAACAUGUGUAAUGCUGAUGUUGAAGUGUAUUGAUAUUGUUAAUGCUGAUUGAAGUCUAAAUAAAUGUUCAGUCAUUGUGGGGAUUUUAUAAGAACAGGUGUAAUUUCUAUUUUAGAAAACAUUUUAUUGAACAGGACUGUCUCAAAAGUAAGUUAAGUUCUGCUUCAGUUGAGUCUGUGACAGUCAUCAAGAAUAACCAGGAAAAUAUUGUUAUAUCUUAUAAUGCUAUAAUGUUCAUGUGAACAUGUUUUCCCCUCAUAACAUUUUUUAUUGGGAGGCUAAAAUUAUGAGGUUUAUCUUCACCUUUC